UGUUAACAUUAACAGCUUAUGUUAUGUCCUGGAGAUUAUGCGCGUAAAAUCAGCGCAUCAAUCAAAGCUACCGUUGAAAGUUUUUGACAGUCAAAAUUUAGUUCGUAGAAAAAACCCCUGGAAGCUUUUGAUAAACCGCUGCCGGAAGCAAAACCAUGGGAAUCCCAGCCGGAAACGCGGAAAAUGGCAAGAAGCUGUUUGUGCAGCGGUGCGCUCAGUGCCACACGGUCGAAGCGGGUGGAAAACACAAGGUCGGUCCCAAUUUGCAUGGGAUCUUUGGGCGGAAAACGGGUGGAGCCGCCGGAUACAAAUACUCGGAGGCCAAUCUGAACAAGGGAAUCGUCUGGAGUGAGGACACCUUCUUCGAGUAUCUGGAAAACCCGAAGAAGUACAUUCCGGGAACGAAAAUGAUGUUCGCCGGCAUUAAGAAAGCCAACGAGCGGGCCGACAUCAUCGCCUACAUGAAAUCGGCUUGCUGAAUGAUGUUUUUUUGUUGAAGAUUUUCCGCUGUAAAAUGUUUGAAUAAAUUAUCUUAGAGGAUCAAUCGAUCGUAGAUUUGUUGUUCUGUUUAUCCUUGUUAGAUGAAGUGACUCUAAUUAUCCUACAUUCAGUUUCCAAACCAGCUUGAACGCUUCCCCGAAAUGAGA